AUGUUGGACAUUUCCCAAGUCCCUAAGAGCUCCAAUCUUACAAGCUCUCAGGAAGAGACACUUACGCAUGAAGUGAAUGGAAAGUCCCAAUCGACAAAGAAACUCUCUCACGUUCCCUGUAAAUUCUUUAAACAGGGUGCCUGCCAGGCUGGCGAUUCAUGUCCCUUUUCUCAUGAAACAAAUCCGUCCCUGGAGUUUCAACCUUGCAAAUACUUCCAGAAAGGUACUUGCAAGUUUGGCAUGAAAUGUGCAUUGGCUCAUAUUCUACCAGAUGGCCAAGUACUUAAUCCAAGAAGUGGACUCAAAAAUUCGUCAUCUUCAAAACGUCGCAACCAUCAGUAUACCAAGCAGAAGGAGGAUCAAGUUAGAACCCCUCCUUCCCAGUACGCCUAUUCGUUGCUGAAACCCUCGUGCCUUACACGCUCUUGUUCGGCUUCUGGAUGUAUUGCUACUUCUCCUCUCAACCAGACUAGUUCAAUAUGGUCGUUAACAAAUUCUCCGACUUCUUCAGCAUCGAUUGAUCAUUCAAGGUUCCCCAGAACCAUGUCAGGGCCAUCUCAGUCCAAGUCUGGUCCCCUUCAUUGGUCUUUUUCCCUGAGGAGGAGUAGUUCCUCAGCCAUAAUGCCUCUUCUCAAAGCUGACUUCAAGCUUUCAGAAACUGCCGUCCUUGACGACUCCGAAGAUGAAUUUUGUGAAAGACCACUAAUUUAUGACGACGACAGCUCUAAUGAUACUGAUAACGUGGAUUUCUUACCAGAUUCUUUGACGGACCUUCUCACCCCUCAGGAAUUGGAAAGACGUAACUCAAAGCCGGCUCUUGGAAAUCCAAGACCCUUGUUGAUAAAUGACGAUAUUCAAUUUGCGAUGGAAUAA